AUGGAUAGGGAAAUCGGCACCUUAGUCGUCGUCGUCCUCAAAGCUCGCAAUUUACGAGACAAGCACACGAUUACGAAACAAGAUGUCUAUGUCCAGGCGACCCUGAAUAAGGUCGUGAAGAAGACCGCGACUGACGUCAAGGGCGGUCAGCAUCCAGUAUGGGAUGAAGAGUUGCGCUUCCCGAUCGUGAAGACCGCCAACGACGACACCAGGAAGCUCGAAGUCGUUAUCUACUCCAAGGAGCCGCGUCAAGACGAGCUCGUUGGGAAAGGCUCACUUGAUGUUUCGGAGACGGUGAAGACGGGGGAAUUCGAUGAUUGGGUCCCGCUCUUUCUGGAGGAUGGCCAGCAACGCGGGGAUAUCUUCUUGGAGAUGACGUACUACGCCAAUGCUCCUCCACCACAGCGUCGUCCGUCCAAGUGGAAGCCAGCCGACCGACUCAAGCGUGGCCCGAAUGGUGUUGUUGGCACCACCGCAAACAAGCACGACGCGCUUCCCCCUCUCCCCGAAGAGGCAGCAGCUCUAGUUCCUGGUCCCGCAUCCCCUCCCAAGAUUCCUUCUAGUCUGCUUCCUGGCGGUGGCGCAUCGAAGCAUACGAGCCCCAAAUCCGACGUGAACCUCCUUCCCCCAGAGUACCCACUCCAUACGAAAGCCCCUCGCGAAACGUCCCCGCCUCCCCCUACCCGCAACGGGCGCCAGUCCAUUGACAACAUUCCAGCACAUUUGCGUCCAGGAGGAGGCGCUGCACGUCCUACGCAGUCACCACACUCGUCUGUCACUGGCGUACCCGAGGUACCCGGUCCGAGGGGAUCAACCCUCGAGUCCAUCCCACCAUACUUGCAACAUGGGACCCCCGCGCCCUAUCCCGCCCCCGUCGAGUCCGUGCCCCCGUACCUGCAGCCAGCUGCUUCGGCACCACAGCACCCCUUGCCUGGGCGCACCCCCAUACCCGAGCCGCAUAUACCUAAAGCCGAAUACGGCGUGCCUGCACAACCACAGCCCUACGGCCAUGACUACGCUCCCGCACCCUACCCUCCACAAUCGUUGUACGCUGGCUACUCCCAACAAGGCUCAGGCCCACAUUUACCCCCUGCACACUUCGUCGGCGGGAUCAGCUCGCCUCCGCCCCCGCAACAGCCCCCGCCGCAGCGAUGCCCAGGCUACGGCUCGCCCCCGCGCGCUCCCUACCUGCCCCUCGGUAGUCCCUCGCGUGAGUCCUACCCGCCAUACGGCCCCCCGCCGCGCCAGGACUAUCCCCCAUACGGCGGCGCACCACCUCCCCACCGCGCAUCACAAGCGUACCCAGUGUCAGUGUACGGCGGGUACCCGCCCAGCGCGCCCCACCCGCCUGAGCGCGGCCUCGACCUGCCAGACCCGUACCUCGAGAAACGCUACCAGACUCCCCUCCCCCUCCCCGACGGCUCGCUUGGCCGCGCGACCAGCCCGCAGCGCUCGCACCCCCUGCAGGCUCAGGCUCCCGUCCCCCAGCCCACGCCUGUCCCGAAGCCGGCACAGGCGCAGGAAACGCCGAAGCCGAAGCCGCAGCCGAAGGGCCAGAGCAGGGAGGAGCAGGACCGCAUUCUCGCGCUCAGGCUGGAGGAAGAGGAGGAGGAGCGCAAGCGGCGGCUGCGUGAGCAGGAAGAGCGGGACAUGGAGCUCGCGCGGCAGCUCGACUUAGAGCUGAACCUCGAGGGCGAGGGCGGGGCCGGAGGAGGUGCAUCUGCCCCUGCGACUGCGACUGCGACUGCGACUGCGGCGGCUGGUGGUCGAGAUAUGCCAGGCGGCUGGUGAAGUGUGCCAUGGGGGCCGGACGCGACGCGAGGUUGAAGACAUGACGCGCACUGCAACGAUGUUGAAAGGAAAUUCGGUGUAUUAUUAUUGUCACGUAUGUACAGAUCUAGCGGAGAGUAUUUAUGGAAUGCUGUCUUGCACUCCAACAUAUAAAGACGAUUACCUCAAUGUCGAAAUCGAUUGGCUCCCGGACGGUACAAAUACAUUGAGACAGCU